AUGGCCUUCGCGUCCAAAUUUUGGUCCCAGUACAAUAAGACGCACGUGUCGAUUCGACGGAAAAACACUCGGAUCGGCUUACUGCUGUCAUGGCGGUUUGCGCUGACGGUACAAAGCUACCAAUACUUUUCAUUGUUCGUGGAGCACCUGGAGGGCUGA